CCGGCUAGUGUCCUCACCACAGACCAAACCAAGCGUACUAAGCAAAUAACAAAGAAACAUGGUUGAAGGCAGAGAAUUCGAGGUGAGUACGAGGAAGCAAGAAGUGGUGGCCGCUGCACUGCCAUUGCAAGAGCACUGGCUACCACUCUCCAACCUCGACUUGCUUCUUCCUCCGGUCGAUGUGGGAGUGUUCUUCUGCUACAAGAACCACAGCAGCCCCUCUGCGGCCGCGGCCAGGGUCGGGGUUCUGAAGAAGGCCCUGGCCCAAGCCCUGGUGACAUACUAUGCCUUUUCGGGUGAGGUGGUGGCCAACUCUGUUGGGGAGCCUGAGAUUCUUUGCAACAACCGUGGGGUUGAUUUCGUUGAAGCUUUUGCAGACGUUGAGCUUAAAGAGCUCAACCUUUAUAACCCUGAUGAAUCCAUUGAAGGCAAAUUGGUUCCCAUCAAGAAGCAUGGAAUUCUAGCUGUCCAGGCAACUGAGCUCAAGUGUGGAGGGAUGGUGGUGGCAUGCACAUUCGACCAUCGCAUUGCAGAUGCCUACUCAACCAACAUGUUUCUCGUUUCAUGGGCCAAGAUGGCCAACUCAAAAUCGCCACUCACUGAAGUCCCAUCUUUCCGUCGUUCUUUGUUAAACCCUCGGCGUCCCGGUCAGAUCCACCCUUCCCUAAAUGACAUGUACGUCCCCGUCACAUCUCUGCCUCCUCCUCCUCCCAAAAUGGAGGUCAAUGAUCAUGAGGACCACCUCGUCAGUCGCAUAUACUACGUCACAGCCGAGCAACUUAUCAAACUCCAAGCACUCGCCAGCUCCAAUGGUUGCAAAAGGUCCAAGCUGGAGUCCUUUUGUGCAUUCUUGUGGAAAAUGGUUGCUGGAAGCGAGACCAGCAAUGAUGUCAAAACAUUAUGCAAAAUGGGGAUUGUAGUUGACGGACGGUCUAGAUUAGCCGAUGAAAAUGAUUUAAUGGCUAGUUACUUUGGCAAUGUGUUAUCUAUUCCAUUCGGUGCUACAAAAAUACAAGAGCUCAAAGAAAAAUCACUGAAUUGGGUAGCUGAUGAAGUUCACGAGUUUCUGGAAUGUGCGGUGACGAAGGAACAUUUUUUGGGACUGAUAGACUGGGUGGAGGCUCACCGCCCGGUGCCAGGCUUGGCCAAAAUAUACUGCAAUGGGAGCGAAGAGGGGCCCGCUUUUGUGGUAUCCUCCGGGCAAAGAUUUCCGCUUUCUAAGGUGGAUUUCGGUUGGGGAGCACCGGUUUUCGGGUCAUACCAUUUUCCAUGGGGAGGCAGUUCCGGGUAUGUGAUGCCGAUGCCGAGUCCGGUCGGGAAUGGUGACUGGGUUGUGUACAUGCACAUGUUGAAAGGGCAGUUGGAAGUGAUCGAGAAGGAGGCUGGUCAUGUGCUCAGGCCCUUGACUUUUGGUUAUCUUAUUUAGUUAAAUUUUAUUACUGGUAUGAGUGGUAUCUGUUAAUUAGCUAGGUAAAGUACCAUCUAUGUACCCAGCUAAAUGUGCCAUUAUCAAUCAGUACUCUUCACACUAGUUACCGGUAUCGAUCGUGUACGUAUUUAU